AUGCCUGCAGAAGAGGAACAAGCACGGGCAUAUCAUGCCACCAAGAAGGCCUUCGAAAGCAGAACCCGCCAUAUUUUUCCCUACGUUGUCGAAGUGUCCAUCGAUGGCGGAUGCUGCUGGAGCAGUGCUUCAGAGCAAGCGCCCAAAGCACGCGUCUUAUUUGCCAACUUCCCUCAGAGAGUGACGCAUGUGACCCCCAACAACAUUGCGGUAGAGGGCGGCGACAGCUUCGGCGCAGUCCACGAAAUGAUGGCGGCACGUCUGACGGCGUGCGCUAACCUCGACGAAGGGAGUGAGGAGUUCAACGUCUAUGUGCCUGAUGCGCUGGAACGGGAACACGGUUUCUCUUACUCGGUCUUCGUCCCAGCGAAGAUCGUAACAGUGGAGAGAGGCAAUGCGGAAAGGGGACGAGGCGGAGACGGACUCGCGAACAGUGGAGAGGGCCAUACUCUUGCCGUCCAGUGCGUUUCGCCGGCCCUAGACCCAACGGUCCUCGAAAAUUUCGAUACGUUUGUCGACGUUGGGCUAAACGGCGUGCACUUUACUGAUAGACCGCAGAGCCUCCGCGUCCUCGAUGUGCAGGUGCUAGGCAUUUCUCCUGAUGUCGGGUCGGGUGAUCGGCAAACCAAGGUGCACAUCCAAGCAAACGAAUGCUUUGAGUCCGAAAACACCGCCGUUCUUCUUCGUUUCCCGGAUGGUACUGAAGAGAUCUUGCCAGCUCAUGUCGACCUGGAAUCUCAACGCAUUAGCUUCUGGAUGCCUCCUAAGAAGUCGCCGCAACAUCCUCGACCGGACAAGGAACUUGCAGAUGUCGCCGACGAAGUGUCGAACGAUUCUUCCGAAAAAGCUGUUUCCGAGGAAACUAACAAACGAAGCUCGGCUUCGUUCAAUGAAAGGACACGUUGUGGUGCUCCCGACAGCCCAAGCGCCAGCCAAGUUGAAGACGGUCUCGCGCCUUCAAAUCAGUCGGAUCAUGAGGAUCAGAUCUUUGUUUUUCUCUCCUUCAACGGUCAAGUCUUCAGCAGACAACCUGCUGUUUUCACGCAUUACUGUCGAGAUCUGUGUGCACAAUAUGUCUUUGCUUACACCAUCUCGGAGAAUGGAGAUUUUUUCGAGGCAGAUCUGGACAACGUUCUAUCGCCCCACACCCAUAUCGUAGUCUCUGUCCAGUCAGCGAUUGCGAGCAACAGCGCCCAGGUUCGGCUUACUCUUCUUCGCUCCGGCAACCCGGCUGCACGAGACUUUCUUUCCUGCCUUCAUGAUGAGAUGCCUCCUCUCUCCGCAGCGGCCUCGCCCACCGACGCGGACAACGAUAUGCCUUCCCACACAAGCUCUGCGCAAGAGGUCCCGUCACCUGCAGAAGAAGCGGUUUACCGCGUUAUUUACCUGGAUGCCCAAAUAGAUUUAGAGCCGCAGCCGCUCACGCUCAUGCCCGAUCCGAACCGUUCAAAGAGGAAACCUGGAGGGGCCCGUGUGAUGGAUAACCAGAGAGGGAAAAGUGGCCCUGGAGCAGCUGGCAGCGCAGGUCGAGCGAAGGCAAAAACUGCCUCUGGAGGCGGCACAGCCACUCCUGGAGCAGCAAACGUCGCCGGGGGAGGCCAAGAGGGAAAGAGCCCGCCGCCUGGACUAGGAGGACCUCGAGAACAGACUGGAAGCUCCGGAGGAAGGAAUGCGGCUUUUGUCGGCGGGGCGGCAGCGCGAGGAAGAAGAAGAGAGAAGACGGAAAAUGCAGGACCCGACGGCGCAGAUGAAAAAUCACGGGAUCCAACGCUAGCAUUUAUUACUCCAGAGCUCACUCUCCCCGCGUUGACCGUGGAAGAGCAGCAGGCAGAGGCGCCGGAAGAGUUCGUCUUCGCCGUCUGCGAUAUCUCUCUUGACGGACAGAGAUUCAUCCCCGUCAAAGAGGCUAGAGUCCUCCGACUCCAGUGCAGCGUCGACACGAACCGACAAAGUGCUCACGUCCAAGUGAUUUAA